UCCUCAAGUUAUGUGUUUGUUGAUUUGUUUUGUUUAGAAUGUUUAGAUAUCCCUGUUAUCUAACUUUGGAUUUGGAUUAGUUUGGCCUAAGUUUUCAAGGGCAUUGAUAGUGUUAGCUGUGUUGGAGUGUGAGAUAGUGUUAGCUGUGUUGGAGUGUGACACAGGACUUGCUAAAACGCUAUAGAGGCCCACCAUUGAUAAAACAUGUCUAUAAAAUAAACAAUUUUGUUAUUAAACAGUGUAGUUCCUUUGUGAUUGAGUUGAUGACUAUUGCAACAUAUUUUUGAGGGUUAUUGUCAAGAAACGAUCUACAGUAAGUUAAAAAUUUAUCAUGAAUCUGUUUUACUCAGUUGCUUUCUAUAUUUUCAUCCCAGUAUUGAUACUUGUUGCAACAGUUUACUAUUUCAUGACUAAAAAGUACAACUAUUGGAGUCAAAAAAAUGUAAAAUUUGUCAAGCCAGUACCACUUUUUGGAAACACAUUGUCAACUAUCUUAAGGAAGAAAAGUUCAGCUAUUAAUCAGCAAGAAAUGUACAAUCUAUUUCCCGAAGAAAGGUUUAUAGGGACAUAUUUCUUUAUGUCCCCCUUUUUAAUGGUCAGAGAUCCUAAAUUGAUUCAUCAAAUUCUUAUCAAAGAUUUUUCACAUUUUUAUGAUAGGGGAAUGGUAUAUGAUGAAAAACUUGAUUUGUUGUCUUCACAUUUAGUAAAUUUAAAAGGACAGAAAUGGAAAGGUCUGAGAAGCAAAUUGACUCCUGCAUUUAGUUCCGGGAAACUCAAGUCCAUGAGCUACUUACUAGAAGAGUGUGCCAAUGCUUUGACUGACUACUUAAACAAUGUUUCUCUCUCAAAAUCAACGCAGGAUAUGCGAGAAAUAAUGGCUAAGUUUUCAACAGAUGUAAUUGGUUCUUGUGCUUUUGGUUUGCAAUUUAAUUCCCUACGAGAUCCAAAUUCUCAAUUUCGGAAGAUGGGACAGCAGGUUUUUAAACCCUCAUUGAGAUUCGUUUAUAGACUCAUUGCUCGUGCCUUUCAUCCAAGACUACUAUACUAUCUCAACUUAAAAAUACUGGACAAAGAUGUUGAGAAGUUUUUUUUAGACUUCGUACAGGAUGCAAUCCAUAGAAGAGAAGGUAUACAUUCUGAGAAAAAAGACUUUAUUCAGCUUUUGGUUGAAUUGAGAAAUGAAGAUUUAACAUCAGCCAAAUCUGACUCACUGGAGGAGAAAUCUUUUGUGCUCACAGAUGAAGUUCUAGCGUCCAAUGCAUUUGUGUUUUUUAUUGCUGGUUUUGAAACUACUUCUUCCACCAUGAGUUUUCUCCUUUUGGAAUUAGCAGCUCACCUUGAUAUUCAAAAGCGGGCGAGAGAAGAAAUAAUUGAAGCUUUAGACAAACACAACCACAAGGUGGAUUACGAUAUCAUCAAAGAUCUUCCAUACCUCGAAAUGGUUAUAUCAGAAACAUUACGGAAGUAUCCAAUUGCAUUUGGUCUUUUAAGAGAAUGCACUCAGACGUAUCAAGUCCCUGACAGUGAUCUUGUCAUAGAAAAGGGGGUGAAGGUGAUUGUACCUGUUUAUGCCCUUCAUCGAGACCCCAAGUACUUCCCUGAACCGGAGCGCUUUGAUCCGGAAAGAUUCUCUACGGAAAAUAAACAAAAAAUAAUUCAAGGAACGUACUUACCAUUUGGAGACGGCCCUAGAAUCUGCAUAGGUCUCCGGUUUGCCAUGAUGGAAAUGAAGUAUGCCUUCUGCAAGAUCCUACCAAAGUAUGAGUUCACACUAGGUGAAAAUAUGAAAUAUCCUGUUCAAUUCAGGAAGAGCGGAGCCCCACUUUUGGCCCCAGAAGGUGGAAUUUUGCUCAAUGUUAAACAAAUUGACGACUGAGCAAAAAGAAAGGACAAUUAUACUAUUUAGUGAGAAGAGCCUAUCUGAUUAGCUGUAGCUAUUUACCUUAAGGAUUUUAUUUUGUCACUAAAAUAUGUUUAAACAUAUUCUAUACUCCAAUAUAUAAAUAUACACUAUUUUAGUUAGUAUUGAGCCAGCAUUGACUUUAAGCACUGAUAUUUAUAACCUAGUCAAAAAUAAUACUUUGAUCUGUGAGGUGGUUGCAGUUGAAUUCAAUGGAUACCAAAAAAGUGUUCUGAAACUAAUUUAUGAUUAAAGAUGUACUGUAGUUUGCAAAUGAUGAAUACAAAAAUACUGUCACAAAAUAACUAGCAAGAACGAACAAAGAUGAAAUUCUAACAGAAAAAAAUCCUUUCCACAAGCCCUUAUACCAAGAAAACAAAAUGCUCCCAAACCUACACUUCUUUCAGUAACUUCCAUUGUACAUUGAAACAACAAUUGCCAAUUUUUUUAAGAAUGAACGUUUUAUUAAUUCAAAUUGAGUUGAUUGUCUGUGAUAGAAAUCAAGCAAUGUAGCACUGUAUAAUUAUUUAUACUGAUGAUAUACAUACCUAAUAUAAAUUAUAUUAGUCGUAGUUGUAAAUAUAAAAUGUUA